AGGCAUAAUCGAAGGUUGACAUAUCUGACCAAGAUAUUCAGUAAGAAUUUUAUAUCGUUAUUAAAAUUAUUUCACAUUAUGUCAUUUAUAAAUGGAUUAAAGAAAAUUUGAGCUUAUUUCCGAUUUUUAUAAAUUUACUAUUAUAAACAAAUUAAUUUUCUUUACUUUAUAUAGGCAACUUUUUUAACACGUAAUAACGCACGGUUGUCCAAAUUUAAAAGUCAAACUACUGUCAUCAAUUGUAUGUCAAAAGGUUAAUUUUGUUAUUAAAUAAAUAAUGGAAUUCAAAAAACGCACAAUUUAUUUGACAAUAAGAUAUUUAGACGAUUCCACUGAUAAUCCUAAUACAGUGAAGAAGAUUAUCGAAGUGUCUCCACAUACAGAUCCGAAUAAUUUAAAAACAGAAUUAUACAAAAUUUGUAAUAUUUCUAAUGAAAAAGUGAUGAAAAUACGUAAUGGUGAAGGCGAUUUAGUACCAAUAUCGUUUUUAGCUGAUCCUGAUGUACCAGACAAAUACUUUCAACUUGACAUUACGAAUGUGUCAUAUAUUGAUAGACCCGCGGCGAGUCUCCUACAAGACGCUUACGUCGACGCAGUUCAACAAAAGAUCAGAACUUUGGAAAGUCGUAUAGCACAAUCCGAAUUACUUCUACCCCAAUUGGAAUGGCGCAGACAAGCCUACAUGGAAGAUACCGUGAAUGGUUUACUUUAUAAAGUUGGAUUUUUGAACAGGAGAUUCGACGAAUUGUUACCCCAAUGUAGACCUAAACACACGGAAACAAUGGCUUAAAUCAAGAAAUAUUUCAUGUAAUCUUCAAUGAUUUUAAUAAAGUCGGUUUUUUUUAUAUAAA